UUGUCUCUCCCGACGACGACGACGUCGUGCCGCGUCGCGUCGCGCCGCGCCACGCCGACGGUGGUCACUCGAUGUGCAUGUGUGCUGUGUGCCGGGCGGUGCGCGAAACGUAACGCACGCGUAACGCAGGGUGGUGUGAUGUCGACGGGCGCGUAUUAACGCAACGAUGCUCCCGCGAUUCCGGAAGGUGCGAGGAAAGUGAAUCCCCCGGGGGCGAGGAGGAGAUAGACCGGGUAGAUGCGUGGAUCCCGACACGACGCAUUUACGCGCGCACGCACGUAGUAGCCGCGCACGACAUCACGCAUUUACGCAUCGCACAGCACGUACGUACGUACGUACGUACGUACAUACGUACGUACGCACGCGUUACGCACCCCUGGGACAACGAUGCUGUUGUCAGGAGGGAAUCGCCGACGGCAUCCUUGAACGUUCGUCGGAGCGCUCUGUCUCGAGUCUGGGGCCAGCGACGGAACAUAGAGUGAUAUGUUAACCGAAGACAAUGAUCCGACGAAACCAGCAGGGGUUUUAGACAAUGCUGGCAACGUGUCUUCCUCAACAGAAGCCUCGGUACAGCAUCCUCGCGCCGCAAACAAUGAGACCGAAGUUAAGAAUGAGGUGCAGGACUGUCCCGAGAAUGAUAGUGUACCCGGUGGUGAACUCUACAUCGACGAGAAUGCCGAGGAGAAGGAGCAGGAGUAUCCGGAUUCGAUGGAAAAGGCGGAUUACGGAUCCGUGUACGGCGUCAAUCAAUAUUACAACAGCCUCUACAACUCGCCGGCUUACGGGUCAACGACAGCUUCGAAAAACGUAUCGAGCUUGCAGAACUCAUACCUAAGCUCCUAUACAUCGUCGAGCUCGAUGACGCAGUAUCCGUCCUAUGCCAGUUAUAACAGCGGGACAACGACCUUCCCGAACGUGGCACAAAAUAUAUCGUCGGCCUCUCAGAAAUUAGAUUAUAGCGCUUACAGCAGUAGUUUGUACGGAAAUGACAGGGUACCGCUCCAGUAUCCCGGAUAUUAUUCCGUGCCCGGUUAUCACGCUCCGCCGACCUCGUUCAAUAUUGGAAACAUCAACUUUGCUGAAGACUCGACGAAGUCCGCGCUCACGUUGGAUCCAACGACGCACGAUGUGAGCGAUCUGACCGCAAGGGAAACCGCAAACAUCGAAGUGGCAGCGACGAAGCCAUGCAGGCGCGGAAGGAGACAGAGCGGAAGUGGAAAUAGUAUCGGUUCCGCGGAUACGACGGAAGCCGGCCCCGAGCGUAUAUUUAUCUGGGAUCUCGACGAAACCAUAGUUGUGUUUCACUCCUUGUUAACUGGACAAUUCGCCCAGAAGCACCGUAAGGAUCCAGCCCACCUGGCUCAAGUGGCGUACAGGAUGGAAGAGAUGAUAUUCAACUUGGCGGACACGCACUUUUUCUUCAAUGACGUCGAGGAUUGCGAUCAAGUACACAUAGACGAUGUUUCGUCGGACGACAACGGGCAGGACCUGUCGUCCUACAACUUCGCGACCGACGGCUUUCAGUGUGCGACCGCGAACAACGGUAUAUGCCUGGCAUCCGGUGUGCGAGGCGGCGUCGACUGGAUGAGAAAACUCGCGUUUCGUUAUCGCAAGAUCAAGGAGAUCUAUUGCAAUUAUCGGAACAACGUAGGUGGCCUUUUGGGUGCGACCAAACGCGAGCAAUGGCUGCAGCUGCGUACCGACAUCGAGGGGUUGACCGACAACUGGUUGACGUCAGCGGUGAAGUGUCUGAACAUUAUUAACAAGAGAACUCACUGUAUCAAUAUCCUGGUGACGACCACGCAACUGGUACCCGCGCUGUCCAAAGUUCUGCUUUUCGGCCUCGGUGGAAUAUUUCCCAUAGAGAAUAUAUAUUCGGCCUCUAAAAUUGGAAAGGAGAGCUGUUUCGGUAGAGUGGUUGCCCGAUUUGGCCGUAGAUGUACGUACGUGGUGAUAGGUGAUGAUUCGGAUGAGGAAACGGCAGCGCGGGCGCACAAUUUUCCCUUUUGGAGGAUAAACAGUCAUUCGGACACUCAAGCCCUGUAUACUGCCUUAGAAAUGGGAUUCCUUUAAUCAAAAGUAUAACAAUCUCCGCCGGAAACGUCUUUGGUAUCGUCUUGGUCAUAUGGAAAACUGGCGCAUAUUCCUAUGCAAUUAGUAAAAAACAUUAGCACACAAAUUAACACACAUGCAUUUCCUCAUUCUCUUUUUUCUGGAACUCUUAUUAUUCCUAUAACGUUAUCGUGUAUAAUAUACGUAAAGGGAGAGUUGAUACUUUCGCAAUUGUCAUAGUUAUAUUCGCCGAUAUUAAAAUGAUUCAUGAGUUUGGUCGGGCAUCUCGCUCGCAAGUGAUAUAGAAUGAAAGUAAGAUUUUUAGCGAUAGCGAAGAAAAUUCGAAGAAGAUUUAUGUAUAAUAAAACUUUCGAUCGAUUUUCUAGCGUUGACUCUUAGUCACGUGUACUAUACGAUAAUAUAUAUAAAUCGAGAAACGGAAUCUGUGAAAAGUAUACAUAUAAUAUACCUUUCAUGUACUUAAACGCUCUACGUACGUUCGCAUUCUUUUUUCUUAUAAUUAUGACAAAAAUCAAACGAUUUUUACACUAUACAAUAGAUUGUAAUAACAAUUUUUUCAUUGAUAUUUGCGCAACUUGUAUGGAUUUACAUAAUUUUUUGCGAACUGUUAAGUAUAGUUAUAGCUCAAUCAAUAUAACACGACAUUUCUACGUGCAAUUUAUUGCAAGAAAUUAAUCUGACGUUAUAGAAUAAAAAAUAUAAGUCCUU